AUUUUAUUUUAAUAGUCAAUUUCAGGCCAAAGAGAAUGUAAUCAACACUGAUUGAAUGACACUUUAAAUUAAAUUAUGUUUAUGAAACUGACACUGGGGGAAGCCUAGUGGCCGCCUUAUGUGAAGUAAUAAUAAAUACAAAUUUAUUACUAAUAAUCCAGUGAAAAUCUGCAAAACCACGUCGUAGUUAUUAUAGUGUUACAAUUUUCAUGAUAACGAGAAUUCCACCGAUUGCAAUGUUGCAACCAAUCCGGAUUAUGUUUCCCACGUUUCCAAUAAAUAACAAAGUAAUAACCUAUUUUACGGGCUACUUGAGUAUCACCGAGGUAGACGAAACUAUUAUUUACAUUACAGAAUACUCUACAAGUCCCGACCUUAUAAAACAUCAAAGUAAUGAUAACACUAUCUGUGGGUAUUGCAGUACAAACCUGCACAGAAAACACAAAAUAUCGAGCAGAACCAAGAACUAUCUAGUCAUAGAACAGGGUCAAUCUCUCCAAAUUAAUAAACUAUUACUAAGUGACAGAAAAAUUGAAGCUACAGACAAUUGUAUAAUAAUGUUAUACGACUAUGAAAGAAUGAAACAUUCUGAAGCAAUGUCAGAUACUGCAGAUUAUUUUUUCAAUUUAAAAACAUUACUGCAGGAUGAGCCCUGUGCAUUAAAGACAGACUUUGAACCGAUACUAAUGCAUACAUCAAAACUGUCAUCUUCAAUGUUUGCCCAACAUUUACUCAAUUAUUUCAACAUAUUAGUUUGGCUAGUUCAGUCUGUUAAAGGUAACAAAAAAAUUUCUAUUAGAACUGGGAACCUUAUUUUAGCAAUUUUGACAGACAUUAUGUUAGGUUAUUUAGCAUUGAAAUUAUUGACCAGCGAUAAAAAAGAACUUGGUGCCUUUUUGAUGGGAAUGUUAGAAAAGUUAGUAAACUUACUACACACUUUACUGAAAUGGUUGAUGGGGGCACCAGCUGGACUAAAACUGAAUAAUGCAUUCAACAAAAUGCUGGGACAGUACUUUUCCUAUCACAUACAACUUUGGUGGCUGUUUUUAGAAGUAUCAGGAGAAAAACUGGAUACAAUAUUAAAUGUCUACCAUUACCUUGGUUACUUAGGGUUUACAUUUCAAGCAGCAAUAAUUUCUGAUAUGAUAUGCAUAGCCACAUUCCAUUCUUACUGUAUUUAUGUUUAUGCAGCUAGACUAUUCAACAUGCAAGUAUCCGGAUUAAUCGCUCUACUUCGUCUGUUUGUUGGACGAAAGUACAAUCCACUAAGAGGUGGCAUAGAUUCCUGUGAAUACACCAACCAGGAACUUUUUGUUGGAACAGUAGCAUUCACAAUAUUACUGCUCUUGUUGCCUACUACAACUAUGUAUUAUAUUGUAUUUACUUUGUUUCGAUUACUAUCGAUUAUGGUGCAGUAUUCAUUAGCGAAGAUAAUUUAUGUGGUGCAAACGUUGCCUUUGUAUAUCGUCACAUUGUGGUGCGUACGCUCUCCUAAAGUUGCAGGAAACAUUUUAAUCGAAGUAGAAAGCAGUGAAGAAGGUUCGCCAUUAGUAUUAAGAGUAAAAUUAUUUAACAAAUCCCUUCAAGAAUUAGUGGAUCAAUUCAAACCUCCAGUAGAUGCACCUAAACAAUUUAAACUCACUAACGUCGUCUCUAAUGUAUGCAUUGGGAAGCAAAUAAUAUGACCUAUAAAGUAUAAUGAAAAAUAAAAUACACUUAUUGAUGGACUUAGUUUUAUUUUUAAUAUUAUUCAAUAUUACUUUACGUAGCAAUAAAAUAAAAACUGAUUGGUCACUGCAAACGUGAACAUAAAUGCUUAAUCACUUAAAUGUAAAUUGUAACUUACUGGGAUAUUUCUUCUUCAGGCUAAGAAGUAAUUAGAUUUGUUCAGCGUAAAUGUGUAAGUAUAGUUAGACAUUUUCCCAUUGACUUACAAUUAUAUGGACGUCGGGUCCGCGCUAAAAAGUGUCCGCACUUGUAAGGCGCUAAAAUCGUAUACAGAGCGCGACACUCCGCUUUAGUCUUCAUUUGUUCUACGG